GAUAAUGCCAUUGAACUACGUGAUAGUAGAAUUUGAGAAGGAGGCUGGGAGCGGAGAGACAUCUCUAGAAGUCGUACCAGAAACCUGGAGGGACACAGAAGGGAAUGGUUGCUUCCUGUACCCGGAGCAUUACACUGCACCACGGGUGAUAAAGGCUGCUAAGAAAGGAGAACCUCCAACGGACCUGUGGAAAUCUUUCCCAGUUAAAAAGGAGUGGCUUACCACAGAGUCAUGGGAUCGUGCCAACAGAAGGUGCACGAAAUUGGUCGCAACUAGCAACCCAAGCGAUUCUGAGGAGGAUUUAAGCAUCAGGAAGCGGAAGAGGAAGAAGAAUUCCAAAUACAUAGAUGAAGAUGACGAUGAUGACUGUGAAAUGAUCAUGGACAACAGUCGUGACACAAUCUCGGAAAGUGAAGAAGAACAAGUAAACCUCCCAACACCACCACGUCUUCUAGUUGCAAGACUAAAUAAGGUACUAGUCACCAAUGACAGAACUUCAAAUGACAGAACUUCAAAUGCCGAACAUCCAUCUAUAAGUACUCCUAGUAAGUUCUUAUCCCGACGUUGAUUUCAAUUUUUUUUUCUUCUUGCUAUGUGAAUGGGGGCGAUGCCUGGGAGCAA